GGUUUUUAGUAAUUAGGAAAGUGCAACAUAAGCACUACCAAUCGUACCAAAAUCUCUCCGAGAGACGUAAACGAUGAGCAGAGAAGAAUUGGUGGCAGAAAAUUAUUACUCCAAAGAUUUCGAUUGGGAGCAAUUAAGAGAAGAAGUGGAGAACGAUCCGUCUCUUCAAUUCCAUUUGCUGCCUUGCUCUUCAGAAAAGAUUGAUAAUCUGAACAACCACGCUGAGCAGGACUCUGAAGCGUGGGAUGAAUUUCAUGCUCGUCAUUCUACUGGCAAGUUCUUCAAGGAGAGGCGGUAUUUGUUGAAGGAAUUUCCGGAACUAGCAGCUUGCAAGGACUAUUCAAAGGUUUUAGAGGUGGGCUGUGGUAAUGGGAGUACGGCUCUUGCAAUAUUGCGUGGACGAGAGAGCAUGAUCUUAUAUGCCUGUGACUGCAGUAAUGAAGCUCUUGUGAGGGCUAAAGAGAUAAUUGGUGCUGCUAAUUCAAUCUCUGAUAAACAUCGUUUCCAUCCGUUCCAGAAUGAUUUUUCAACAACGGCGUUUCCUUCGUGGUUGGCCUGCAAUAUUUGCUCAGGUGCAAAUAGCAGUUAUGAAAUAAAUGGCCUUAAUCCAUCCUGCUCUGAUGAAACUGAAUGCUGCAUCGGGGGAGUAGAUUUUGUUACAUUGAUAUUCACUUUGUCAGCCUUACCGCUUGACAGGAUGCCUAAGGCUCUUGCUCACUGCUUUGCUGUUUUAAAGCCAGGUGGCCUGCUAUUAUUUAGAGACUAUGGUCUGUAUGAUAUGACCAUGCUCCGAUUUCAGCCUGAACAAAAAAUGGGAUAUAGAGAGUACUUGCGGUCAGAUGGGACUCGCUCUUAUUUCUUCUGUUUGGAUACUGUUAGAAAUUUAACUUCUGCUGCCGGCUUCACUGAGGAUGGUAUUCCACUGUCACCCUUGUACGUUGGUGCCCAAACAGUCAUUGGAUGCCUUCAUACUUGGUGGAUAGUAUUCUGUCUCAAUAGAACAUCCCAUAUGAAUAGUUUCCCAGCUGAAAUUUUGCAAGAAUCUCCUCAUUACCCAUUGGUGUACAAUCAUGCAUGUCGGCAACUCCUUGCCAAACCAAUGACUCCUCUCGGAGCCACUGGCACUAUUCUUUAUAAGGUGCAACCAGAGACACCCUGGCUACUGCUUGUUUGUGGGCUAAAUCCGACGGUUGAAAAAUCCUUUCCUUUGCUGUUGUUGGUUUAACUGUGGCCUUGACCAGGGUGGUGACAUAUCAUACCCCUGUUCACUGGUGCCAGCCCUCUUUCCUCCUUGGCUGCCAUGUUCUCUCCUCAGGGAGAAUCUCUGUUGGGAUCUGAAAAGUUUAGGCAGGGGUUAAUCGAAUAAGGAUUAGGGGCUCACAAAAAUGUAACUGAAAACUAAAUGCAUUUUUGGAUUGUUGGAUAUGAUGAUGCCAGAUGGUGUCUGAGAUACAUUGAUGGGUACUCGCAUCACAUGGGCAACAUAAUUCAAAGUUAUUUAUUCAUCCGAAAACAUUACCUCCAAUUAUAAGUUCAUCACCUUGCCAUUCUUUUUGAGAACCCUUUCCCAUAACAUCCCAAAAUUUUAACAUUCUAGGAAACUCAAUUAAAUGUGUAAGCUACUUUUAGCAUCCAUUUAAAUUUAGAUGGUUUGUUUAGACCGAGACAGUUAAUUACAUGGUAUUCUCUUUUCUUCUUUUUCUCCCUGUUUUGUCAUUCUCUCUUUCAUUUUCUUCCCCUGUUUUUUUUCUGUCUGUUUUUGUUCCCAUGCUAGAGAUGAUAAUACUGGAGUUUGUAUGUCCUGGUUCUGAUAACUAAAAUUACUAGUUCGGCUUAAUAUCGUAGGAUGCAUAGUCUGUUGUCUGAGU